CCCAAGUCAUAAAACUCGGCCAAAAGGGUACUUGUCAAUUCUCAAUUGGAAAUUUUGGGGAAAGUUUUCGAAACCCUAGAGAGAAAUUGAAGAGAUGGUUUUCUACUUCAAGGCUCGACCGGAAGCCGGCGACUACACGAUAUUUAUGGGCCUUGACAAGUACGAGAACGAAGAGCUUAUCAAAUAUGGUUUCCCCGAAGACAUUUGAUGGAAGACCGAUGAAUCCUAGCCUCCAGCACUACAUCAUUUAACAAUAGAAGGCCAUUAGAGUCUUGAGCAUGUGCCCAUGUGCAAGCUCGCAUUAAUAAUAAAUCUGUAAAGAGGGUACAGGAGUUUGGACAGAUGGUGAGAUUUCAGAUGACAGAAAUAUGGAAUGGAGUGGAAAUCUACUAAUUAUCAAAUCCAUAGAUUUUAAGGAUGGCGCUUGAAUCCCGAAUCCAGUCCAAGUUGGUAUCUAAACAAGUAGAAAGGAUUUGUGCAACGGUUUUGAAAUCCACUGGUUUCAAAUCCUUCACCAGAUGGACACUUAUUAUGUUGUUUCUGUUAAUUAACUUUGAGAGCUUUCUUGAAAGCCAUUGUUUUGUGCAGGUUCCAUGUGGAUAAAAUGUCUUCUGCCCAUGUUUAUCUGAGAUUGCACAAGGGUCAAACCAUUGAUGAUAUAUCAGAAGGUGUAUUGGAAGAUUGUGCCCAACUAGUUAAAGCAAAUUCUAUUCAAGGAAACAAAGUAAACAAUGUUGACAUUGUUUAUACCCCCUGGCAGAAUCUUAAGAAAACUGCUUCGAUGGAUGUUGGGCAAGUUGGUUUCCACAACUCAAAAAUGGUUCGAACGGUGAGGGUGGAAAAGCGAAUAAAUGAGAUAGUUAACCGGCUAAACAGGACAAAGGUGGAAAGGACACCUGAUCUGAAAGCUGAACGAGAGGCAGUCAAUGCGGCUGAAAGAGCAGAGAAGAAACAGCAUAUCAGAGAGAAGAAACGGAAAGAAGAGUUGGAAAGGCUCGAAAAGGAGAAACAAGCUGAAUUAAGAAGCUACAAAAAUUUGAUGGUAGCUGAGAAGAUGACAUCUAACAAGGAUAUAGCAUCAACUAAAAAGUCCCUGCAAGAACUUGAAGAAGACUUCAUGUGAUUGCUAAACAAUUGGACGGUGUUGCUCCUUAUUACAUAAUAUGAGAAUCAUAAUCACUGGGAAAGGACUGAAGAUCAAGGAAGAGAAAUGAAGGGUAAUUUUUCAAAUUUUGUGUACUAUCGGACAUAAAUACGAGCCUCAAUUAAAUGAGAGUGUCGGUAUUGAACUCUUGAAUUGUGUUGGUGAAAUCUCUGGAAAGUCAGAUUUGCAGUUUGAGAAAGUAUUUUCUUGAAAUUGAAUAAUCAAUAAUUAAAUAUUCAGCUCGCGAUGUGAUAACAAUGAUAUAUGUACAAUUGCUAUUCCA